AUGCCAUACAAAAGAUACCUGCAAUGUUUAGUGUCAGGGGUGUGGCUCACCGACACCACGACGAUUACCCCUUCAACCUUAGUCUUCAGCACACCAUCCAAAGAUGAAUACCUUGAUACGAGGCCACACUUCAUACAGGGUUUUCCUAUCCUCAAGUCACCUCCCUUGCUUGAGGAGAACAAGAACCCAGAUGCCACAAGCAAGGACGAUAUCUCUUUGGAGAGCGCUGGAGGAUGGAACGGGGGUGGAGAACCCGAAAAGCUAGCAAUGCGCUAUCGCAAGUUUAACCUGCAGGCUCUUCUGAAUGCUUCUGCUAAACCUGUCGGAAACGCGGGAACGACUUGUGUAAAGUUACUCAAAUGCGUCGAGGGACAGUUUAAUAAGGCUUUUCUAUUGACCAUGAGCAAUGGCUGUGAAAUCAUAGCUCGAUUACCUAACCCUAAUGCAGGCCCAUCAUUCUUCACAACGGCUUCGGAGGUUGCGACUCGGCACUUUUUGCGCGAUCAGCUCGGCAUUCCUAUUCCGCGUAUUUAUGAUUGGUCGUCCAAUGCCUCUAACGAAAUCGGUGCUGAAUACAUUCUCGAGGAAAAAGCUACCGGUCAGCCAUUGGGAAACCUCUGGGGAACUGUUUCCCUAUCGACAAAAUUCCAUUUAGUGGACCAAAUUCUGGACAUUGAGAAAAGACUCGCAUCGAUUACAUUCUCGAAGCACGGGUGCAUAUACUAUACAUCAGAUCUUCAAUCAAAACCAUGCGACUAUGAGUUGCUUGAGACGAAACGAAAUUAUCGUUCGGGAUCUGCAGCUGAUGGAAACGACACACUGCCAUCUUUCGCAAUAGGACCUUCGGCCAGUCCGAUAUUUUGGGAGAAGCAGAAAGCUAGGAUGAACUUGGAUCGAGGACCAUGGGAAUCUAUUGCGGCUUAUGCUGAAGCCAUCGGAAAAAACGAGAUUCAAUGGGCUAUUUCUCAUGCUAGGCCGAGAAUGAAUUAUCACAGGUCUACGGAGUGCCCAGAAACACCAGAUGAUUACAUUGCCCUCCUCAAGGAUUACAUGGCACUUGUUCCAUUUUUGGUCCCCACCACUUCUGAGCAACCAAACAGGAUAUCGCAUCCAGAUCUACACCUUGACAAUAUUUUCGUCGACCCAGAGACCUAUCGUAUCACGAGCAUUAUAGACUGGCAGCAGACGGCUGUAUCCCCGGCAUUUUUACAGUGUUGCCAUCCGCAGAUGCUGGAAUUGUCAGCCUCGCCAUGCCCUGAUCAGCAAAUACAAGAGGAAAAAAUGCUUCUAGAGCAUUACUAUGAUGUCACAAAAACAAACGAUUCUAUCAGAAGGCAACUUCUUGACGAUCCACUUCACAAGCUGAAAAUAGACCCUAUUUCUUUAGUGCCCCGAUGCUGGGACCGGGAAGAUCUAUUCACUCUUCGCAACUUCUUGAUCAAAAUUGUCGCGCGCUGGGCUGAGCUCAAGUACGAGCAAGAGUCGCUUCCAGUCGAUUUCGGAGAAGAGGAGCUACUCAGACAUGAAGACGAAAUGGAUCUCUUGGAGGGAAUUUCGGGCAUUGUUCAUCAGCUCCAAGACGCAGGGCUUAUUCCGCUGGGAGGCAUGGUUCGGCCCGAAUACUAUGAACGUGCCAUGGAGGCGAAUGAGCGUUUCAAACAGGAAUUUAUUGGAUUGGCUGAGAACGAGAGCCAGCGGGAUUUUCAUGCGAAAGUGUGGCCUUACAACUGA